GAAAGUGAACCGGAGCCGAACCCGGAGCCACUCGACAUUUCUGCUGGUCGCAGAAUCGAAGUGCGGAUCCUGCUGGCAGAGUGUGUUUCUUUGGUGCGCAUUUUCCGCAAUUUACGCGAUCGCAAAGUACCGGUUUAGCGGCUAACUUUCAAACUUGUGAAGUUGCAAACUGCCAGGGAAAGUUACGUUUUGGAUUUUGGAAUUAACGGAGUGAACAUCUGAGCGAGGUUUAAGUGCUUUCGGCAGCGUCCAAGAUCUAUAAAUGCAUGUCAAAUGGCAUGUGAUUAACUAAUAAUCCGAACACAUCAGCAACAGCGUCCACCAUGGAGACUGAAGAACUCAUAAAGCUUGUAGAUGGCAUCUAUAAGAACAUCCUGGAUAAGUUCAAUCCGGGAGCGAGGCAAAUGAUCAACGCCGGAAAGGCGUAUCUAAAGGCGCUUCACAGUGCAGCUGCGGCUUCGCGAAUGUACGUUGAUGCGAUCAGCAAAUUGGCUAAACAGGCUCAACAAGGCACGUGGGGAGGAUCCUCCGACAUAGGAGCCGCCCUUAUGCGAGUAGUGGAAGUCUACAAAGACAUUCAAGACCAGCAAAUGAAUAUUUUGAAGGCAUUUUAUGUCGACCUGCUCGUGCCGCUGGAAACAAAUUUAGAGAAGGACACGAAAGUGGUUCAGUCUGAACAAAAGCGAUUCUUACAACAACACAAACAGCGAUCCGAAACGUACAGCAAGGCGGCCGCUUUGAUGAAGAAACAGCGGAAAAAGUCCAGAGGUUCGACCAAAGCUGGCCUGGCCAUGGACAAGGAACUUAAGAACAUGCAGGUGCUGGAAGAAGAAAAGACGAAGCUGGAUUCCUUUUGCGAGCAGAGCUUGAAAAACGCAAUGACUCAAGAAAGGCGAAGAUACGGAUUUGUACUGGAACGGCAAUGCUCUUUGGCCAAACACUAUUUAUCAUAUCAUGCGUAUGGAGCGGAUGCGUUUACUCAGAACCUGGAAAAAUGGUCCGAAGUAGCGAAGACUCGCGAGUACUUGCCCGAGUCCGUGGAGAAUAUAUUCAGCAACCGAAUAAGGCAAAUCUCGGUCUGGCAGGACGAAGACCUUUACUCGAACCCGCGGAGCCCCAACUUUGACGAAGACAGAAUCAGCAUCAAUUCCCAGCUGCGAAAAACGAAGAGCAUGGACGCUUCUUGUCUGGAUAUUCGCUCGAUGGCCGAAGUGGGAUCGCCAGUCAACACCUUGUCCAGAGCCAAGUCUGAAUAUAACCUGAACUCGUCGAACAACGGAGCGCAAGAGAACAAUACGCCGUCUCGUCGUCCCAAGUCCAUGGCUGUGCCUCCUCCGCCCACAUGGGAAGCGCAGCUCGCCAGAGCUCUUUACGCGUAUCUUUCCAGUGGAGAGAACCAGCUCAGCUUCCAUGAAGGUGACCUGAUCGCUCUGAUUGGCGAACGGAACAAAGGCUGGCAGUUUGGCGAAAAUUUACGAACGCAAUGCAGCGGCUGGUUUCCACUGGCAUACACUGAGAUUCUAAUUGACGAUUCCAUAAGGUGGACCAGUAGGCAACGUUUCCCUGCAUUCCAGCAAUGACUCGGGAUUUUCCAAUGAUCCGCCACCUCAGCCUGAAAUUGACUAUUCAGAUGACGAUUCUGUUCCAGGACAAACCAAGUUGUCUAGUCGCAAGUCACGAAAGGAAACCCCACAUGAAACGAACGCAAACAAUGCGCGAAUAACGCCGAAAACGCCCCAGCCACGCCACAGACUGUCCAACAGUCAUGGCAAUCUGAUGGACAACCGUUACUUGACCUCUGAUGAAUCAGAGGUGUCCAAAGUGAAGGUGAAAAGAACGAAAUCCUUCUGGAAAUUUGGCAAGAACAGUUCCGACUCGGAGAUUCUCGAGGGCAUGGCUCUAUGGCGACAUAGAGAUCUCGUGGACUUGAACGAUGAGAACAACAAAAAGAAAAUCAACAGUCAGGAGAGGGUGAGAAGACCGAGCAGGGACCAAUCGAACGACUCCGAUAAGACCAUCAACAAUAACGACCAAAACAACACGGUGGUGGAAAGACCUCGAAAAGAGAUCAACAAGGUGCGGGAGAGCUUUAAAGACAAACCAAAGCUCAGUUUACCCAGCAGAAGGGAAGAAGAAGACAAGCCUGAAGAUGAAUUCGAGGAUAUCUAUGGGGAAACCGGCAAAUCCAAGUACAUCGACCAAUUCUUGGAUGAUGAUGGCGAUGGGCUGAUGCUGAAAACGGUGAACAGAAGAAAUAUUUUGAAGCAAUACAGUGACGAUCUAACAGCCGAAGACUCGGACUCGGCCUCGGAAAUGACCAGCGACGAUCCAUAUGACUGUAUUGUGGUUGAUGACCAGAAAGUGAAAAGGCGAGACGGGCAAUUCCCGAACGUAGCCGAAAUCGGGAAGAAACUUGAAAAACUGUCGAAAACCAGCAAAUAUUCGCCGAAUAAAUCGAACAACAGUAGCGAAAGCCAAUUGAAUAACGCGAACCAAAUCAGGAACAGCAUUAGGGAGAAGAACGAAGUGAAUAUUCGACGAAAUAAGUCCAGGGAAAAGGACCCAAGAGAAUACCAUCCGGAGCAAAGAAGUUCGUUCAAGACGUUCGGCAUCGACAAUGAUAACAGCAGUGAAAAGGAGCGAUUUGAUGACCAGUACUACAUCCAGGAGAGAAGCAGCAGAGUGAUCAGCAAAGAAGUGGAGGAAAGGGAUACGAACCGGAACCGAAAAGCGCCACCGGCAAGCGAAAGACGCAGCAAGCCGAGCUACGAAAGCAUCAACUCAGAAAUGAACAAUCGCAACCAAACAAUGGACCCAAGAGGAAAAGAGCCUAAAGUAAAUGGCAGUAGAAAAGAGGCUCGAAACAAAUAUUAUGACUCGACCAACGACGAAUUAUCCGAUGUAGGCGAAAAUCGGCAAUUUCUGCCGCGAACAAAACUAUCGAAAACGAACAGCGGAAACUCAAAAUAUGACGAAAACAUCAGCCUGAUGGAGUACGGGGAAACGUUGCAAAAACGGCUCAAAAACCCGGAAUUUACCUCAAAGUACGACGACAAAUCGGGCCAGAAUGGCAACAUGUACGGUCCAUGGUACGACCUCUGGGGCCUGGAUGCUUCAACGCGCAAGUAGUUUGCCAUGUGAUUAGUGAAGCGUAGAUUUUUUGUGUGCAUGUUGGAAUUGGUUUCCGUUCUAAUCAAAGCUCUGAUUAUUUUCAGCAUUUCAACCACAACAACCACGUGUAAUUCGAAUUUUGCAACGAUAAAAGCUCGAAAACCCAGCGCUAGUGCUGAUCGGAGUAGCUCACUUAUUUUAGAAUAAAUGUUUUUGAAACACCCUGUAUUAAAGUAUUUUAAGCUCCCCUUUCAAAUUGAUCAAGGUUCAUUAGUGAUAUUCCAAAAUGCACCGGAAAUACUGUAAAACUCCCUAAUUUAUCACUUGUAUAUAUUAUUACCAUUUAAUAUUGCUUUCUGUAUUGUUAGCCAUUUUUUAACUUUAUUUCUAACGUUUCCUGUAAAUAUUUUUACCUUUUUGGUGGUUGGGAAUAGGUGCAAUAAUUAUAAUAAUUAGCCCAUAUUUAAGGAAUAUCUCAUUCCGUAUUUGUACUUUAGUUAAGUUGCUAUACAGGGCGUUUUACGAAAAUGGGUGGCUAUCCGAAUGCAUAGGAAAGUCCUAAUUCGAAUAGAAGCUCACUUUCGUGCACCAUUCAGUCUAUUGCGAGGCGAGAAAUGGGCUUUGUUUAUAUAAGAAUCUACAAUGAAAAUCGAAAAGUUGCUUUCUAGCUACAGGGUGUAGCAGCCAGCAACUUGGAACUCUUCGUAUAUUUGUUUAAGAGUGUCGCUCUUCAUGUUCAUAUUUCGAAAUUGUUUCAUAUCCAGUCGUAAGUAAAAUUCCUUGACCUCUAUGUUAGUCAUACACAAGGACUUUUAAGAGGAACUGUGAUAUAUAGAAAUGUUUAGCAUAUAUUUUCUAAAUUAAAGCACUCCAGUAAACAUUUCGUAUGGUUAUAAACCCGAUUUUUAGUUCUUAGAUAUUGUUGAAUUAUGUUUUUCGGCGAAUUUAAUAUGCUAAAAUUCGUUUAAAUUUUUGUAUUGACUGUUCCGGCAAGAAAUUCAUAGAUUACCAUUAUUUUGUAUAAGUAGUGUACAUUCUGUAGUUAAAAUUUAUGCUCAAACUUACUAACCUUAGAAACCAGUCUAUUUACAGGGUGUUCUUCCAUUUUAGCCUAAUGAUCGUUGGCGUUCCACGCUUUUCAAAGUUUAAUUUUUCGAAUUACAGCACAACUUUACUAAAUGUGUGUCUUGGAAACACCCUGUUUUAGGUCAUUUUUACUAUAUAAUAUGCCACUAACUUUAAAUAGCUGCACCAUAUCUCUUACUCAAAUUACUUUCACUUAUUAUAGAUAGAAAUAACGAAAAGUUACUGAUGUUUAAAGUGUAGAUUGGACAUCGAAAGAAGUAUCUUCGAUUGCCUUUGGAUAUAUAAUAUGUAUGUCUAUACCGUCCAUAUGGGUAGAUGUGCGUACCAUAAUAUAGGAAGUUGAAUUGUAAGAAUAUAAUUUUGUAACAAAACUACCGAAUGCCCCACGGUGUAGCGCCGAAGCCAUUGUGGUCUAUUUGUUUAUGUAUAUCUAAAUGGUACUCAGAGGGUGGAACCACGUAUCCGAAUGUUACCACUCCAUGUGCUAAACAAUUGUUUUGUAUAGGUGUAUUUGAUACAGUUAUUGUUAUAUAAUUGAUGUAUAUCAUUUUAUAAUAUUGAAUAAACAUUUUGUUGUUUA